GUCACUAUUUUAUGUCGCAAGCUCAUCGGCGGGAGACUUCAGUCUUGUUUCUGCCUUCGUUAAUGGCGGUUUAAUUUUUGGAAGUCUGCUCAUUUCUUGGGUGGAAUAAUCUUAAUUUAUCUUCUAACUGUAUGAUUCAAAGAUGAAAUUGGUCAGGUUUUUGAUGAAACUCAGUCAUGAGACUGUUACCAUUGAACUGAAGAAUGGAACAAUCUGUCAUGGAACAAUUACUGGUGUGGACAUGAGUAUGAAUACGCACUUAAAAGCUGUCAAAAUGACACUAAAAGGAAAGGACCCCGUCCAACUCGAAACGCUUAGUAUACGUGGCAACAAUAUCCGCUAUUUCAUUCUUCCUGAAAGUUUGCCGCUCGAUACACUUCUGGUAGAUGAUGAACCUAAAGCAAAAGCUCGAAGUGAUCGUGCAGGUGGGUUACGCGGUAGAGGACGAGGAGGACCACGUGGUCGUGGUAGAGGACGAGGAAGAGGCGGCCCUCGCGGUAGAGGUGGCCCACCAGGAAGAAGAUAAGUUGGGAAACAUUUUUCUACUGUAAAUAUGUAGCAUAAACUGAAAGCUGGUGAUACAUCGUCAUGGUAGAAGAAGCAAGACAUUAAAAAAAUAGCUGUAAACUUUCUCUUCUGAAAAAGAAUUUUCGUAAAUAUAAA